AUGCCCCAGGACUCGACCAGGGCCACUACGCCCGAUCGGCCCAGCCUCGACAGCGACGGCCACCACCAGCAGCACCAGCUCGACCACGCCGAGCACCCUGACCACGUCGGCCCGACGCAGACCUCGUCCUCCUCGUCGGCUUCAUCCUCACAGCACAACCUUCACUCCGACGACAAGGAAAGGGAACACAAAUUCGACGACGACGACGACGACGACAAGGAGCGCCGCGACAGCAAGGACUUCCCCCUCGCCGCCGACAACAUCCCCCUGCCCACCACCUCCUCGGACCCUCGCUGGCGCCAUGUCGGAGUCGCCUUCCACGCCCUUGGCGUCAAGGGCUUCGGCGGCCAGGCACGCAUGGUCGAGGACCUCCCCGUCAGCUUGGUGCGCAUGUGGGACGCCAUCAGCUGGGUCCGCAAGCUCGCGAACAUCCACAGCGGUCCCACUUCAUGGAUCAUCAAGGACGUCUACGGCCUCUGCGACGCCGGCGAGAUGAUGCUUGUCCUGGGCCGGCCGGGCUCCGGCUGCUCCACCUUGCUCAAGGCCCUCUCCAACGACACCGCCGCCUUUGCCAAGCCCCUCGCCGGCGAUCUCCGCUUCUCCAACAUCGGCCCCGACGAGGCGGCCAAGCGAUACGCCGGCCAGAUUGUCUUCAACGGCGAAGAGGACAUCCACCUGCCCGAGCUCAGCGUCCGCGACACGCUCGGCAUGGCCAACAUGCUCAAGGCGCCCGCCAACCUUGCCGACACCUCCAACAGCAGCCGGCGGGAGUAUGCCAACGACCAGGUCCGCAAGCUGCUCGACGCCUUUGGCAUGCCCCACACCGCCGGCACCUUUGUCGGCAACGAGGUCGUCCGCGGCGUCAGCGGAGGCGAACGCAAGCGCGUCUCGCUCACCGAGGUCCUCUCGACCAACCCGGCCAUCGCCUGCUGGGACAACUCGACGCGCGGCCUCGACUCGGCCGUGGCCUACCACUACAUCCGCAUCCUCCGCCAGCUCUCCCGCAUCACUGGCAUGGCCAACGUCGUGUCCAUCUACCAGGCCUCGCAGGCCAUGUACGACUGCUUUGAUCGCGUCGUCGUCCUCUACGACGGCCAGCUGGCCUUCUCUGGCCGCGCCGCAGAUGCUGAGCACUUCUUCACCCAGUGGUUCGUCAAGGACCCGCGCACCACGACGCCAGACUUCCUCACCGGCUGCACAUCGGCCACCGAGCGCCGCAUCCGCCCGGAUCUUGUGGGGCCCGCGCCGCUCACUGCCACCGAGAUGGCCGAGGCCUUCCGCAAGAGCGUCUACUUCCAGAAGGUGGUCGAUGAGGUCGACGAUUACCGGCGACGCAACGAGAAGAGCGAGGUGCCCCGGCUGCUCGAUGGCAGCGUCCGGGCGGCCAAGCACCGCCUGACGUCGGUCGCGAGCCCCUACGUCUCCAACAUCUUUGAGCAGACUGCCGCGUGCAUCCGGCGCCAGGUGCAGCUCACCAUCAAUUCGUCGUCGGUCAUCAUCACGCAGGCCGGCUCCAUCGUCCUCAACGCCGUCCUUACGGGCGCCGUGCUGUACAAGCCGCCGGCCUCGGCGGCGGGAUCGUUCCGCGUCGCCGGAGGCCUCUUUUUCAUCCUCCUCUACCUCACCAUCAUGGGCUUCUCCGAGGUCCCCAACGCCUUUGCCACCCGCAGCGUCCUGGUCAAGCACCGCAAGGCGGGCUUCUACACGCCCGUCGCCCAGCUGCUCGGCCAGGUCUCGGUCGACCUGCCGCUCUACGCCAUCUACUCGAUCGUCUUCUGCUCGGUCUACUACUUCAUGCUCGGCCUCUCGGCCGCCGCAUCGCAGUUCUUCACGACCUUCUUCAUCGUCGCUUCCUUCUACCUCGCCAUCGCCAUGAUGUUCCGCAUGAUCGCUGCCUGGUCGCCCAACAUGACGACGGCGAUCCGCUACAGCGCGCUCGCCCUCUCUUUCACUCUGACCGUCAGCGGCUUCGGCCUGCCGGCGCCGUCGAUGCUCGGCUGGGCGCGCUGGAUGCAGCGCACCAGCGUCACGUCGUGGGCGCUCGAGGCGCUCCUUGGCAACGAGUUCAAGACGCGCGUCCUCACCUGCUCGCAGUCGGACCUCGUCCCCAGCGGGCCCGGCUACACCGAUCCGCAGUAUCAGACGUGCUCGAUCAUCGGCGCAGAGGUCGGCUCCAGCUCGGUGCCCGGCCGCGUCUACCUCGAGAGGCAGUACGGCUUCGACGUGGGUCACAUCUGGCGCAAUGUCGGCAUCAUCUGGGCGUUCUACUUCAUCUUCUUCUUUAUGACCAUCCUCGGAUCCAACCUCACCAUCCGCGAGGGCGGCGGCUCGGCGGCGACCAAGAUCUACAAGCGGGGCUCUCCUGCCCUCAAGAGGGUUCAGGUCCAGGCCAGCGACAAAGCGACCGACGUAGAGUCGGCCGCAGCCGACCUGCCCGCCCAGGCCUCUGGAAAGGACAUCGCCAAGGCGCAGCCUCGGGCCGCCUCCGUAGACGGCAGCAGGGGCGUGGGCGACGAAAAGCAGCGCGAUGCCGCCAAGAGGGCUGCCGUGGCCAAGAUCGCCUCGGCCGGACAGCCCUUCACGUUCCAGAACGUCUCGUACAGCGUCCAGGUCGUGGGCAAGGAUCGCAAGCUGCUCGACAAUGUCUCUGGCUACGUCCAGCCCGGCAAGCUGUCGGCGCUCAUGGGCGCGAGCGGUGCCGGAAAGACGACGCUGCUGGACACGAUCUCGCAGCGCAAGACGAGCGGCACUGUCGAGGGCACAUUUCUGCUCGACGGCCGACCGCUGCUCAACUCGUUCGGCCGCCGCACGGGCUUCGUCAUGCAGGGCGACAUCCACGAACCCUACUCGACGGUGCGCGAGUGCCUGCAGUUCUCGGCGCUGCUGCGGCAGCCGGCCCACGUGCCGCGCAGCGAGAAGCUGGCCUACGCCGAAGAGGUGCUUCGCCUGCUCGAGCUCGAGGAGCUGGCCGACGCCAUCAUCGGCGCGCCCGGUAUCGGCGGCCUGGGCAUCGAGCACCGCAAGCGCGUCACGAUCGCCGUCGAGCUCGCCGCCAAGCCGGACUCGAUCCUCUUCCUCGACGAGCCCACCUCUGGCCUCGACAGCCAGGGCGCCUUUGAGAUCGUCCGGCUGCUGCGCAAGAUCAGCAGCGAGGGGAUCAGCGUGCUGGCCACGAUCCACCAGCCGUCGUCGAACCUCUUUUCCAUGUUUGACGAGAUCAUUCUCCUCGCCCCCGGCGGCAAGACGGUCUACGCCGGCGAGACGGGCGAGGGCGCGCAGGCGGUGCUCGACUACUUUGCCAAGCAGGGCGUCUACCCUCCCUCGGGCGCCAACCCUGCCGAGUUCUUCAUCGAGACCGUCGCUCCCGUCGGCGGGUCCAAGAUCGAUUACGCCGAGCGCUGGAAGGUGUCGCCCGAGGCUGCGCGGCUGCAGGACCGCAUCGCCGAGCUCAACUCGUCGUCGCAGGCCGCCGGCGGCGAGGCCGAUUCGGAGCAGCGCGGCGGCGGCGGCGAGGCCGACUCGCGGUUCGCCUCGACGUGGACGACGCAGUUUGUCGAGCUGAGCCGCCGCUACUUCCGCGCCCAGAUCCGCGACGGCUCCUACCUGACGUCUCGGCUGGUCAACAACGUCUUUUUCGGCCUCUUCACCUCGUUUUUCUUCUACCGCCUGCCGCACACGGCCGCCGCGCCGCAGGCGCUGUCGCUGUGCCUCUUGAUCCUGGUGCAGACGAUUGCGCCCAUGACGCUCGACAUUGCCACGACCUACUUCAAGAACAUGGACCUCUACCUGGCGCGCGAGCGCAACGGCAUCUACUCGUGGACGGCGGCGCUGUUCGCGCACUGGGUCGAGAUUCCCUUUUCCGUGUUUGGCGCCGUGGUCCUCUACUUUUGCUCGACGUGGACGUACAACGUCCCCGUGGGCGAUACGGCGGGGCUGCUCUUCCUCGUGUGGAUCGGCAUCGGCGUGUUUGGGCCCGUGUCGGGCGUGCUGCUGGGCGCGGCGUCGAGCGAUCCGUUCGCGGCGUCAUUUGUCCUCUCGCUCUGCUGGAACCUGAUCAACACGCUGUCGGGCGUCAUUGCGCCGCUCGGCUCCAUGCCCCAGCCCUUCCGCGCCGUCACGUGGAUCACGCCGCUGCGCUACCUCUACGCCAGCAUGGUCUCGUCGGUCAUCUCGCCCAUCACCAUCACCUGCCUACCCUCGCAGCUGGUACACUUCGCCAAGCCACCGGCAGAGGCGAGCUGCCAGUCGUACGCCGAUGCGUUCCUCAACCUCGCUCCCGGCUACCUCGUCGACCAGCCCCAGCCCGAGGGCCAGGGCUUGGGCGCGGCGACGUGCGCCUACUGCCCUUACUCGACGGGCAAGACGUACGUCGACUCGAUCGGAUACUCGUACCACACCCGCUGGAGGGACUGGGCCAUCUUCCUCGUCUUUAUCCUCGUCAACAUUGCCCUGGCGACCGGCCUGACGUGGUGGAUGCGCAUCCGACCCCUCAGCAAAAAGUAG